CCAGACAAAUACCCCAUGGUUUCAGUCAUUCAGUGUGGUGCUUGUAGUGUCACUGUUAAUUAGUGUAGAAGAGUACCUACCCACUUCCAUUUCCUCCUCCAUUACAUGCCCUUCUCCCUCUGAUCGUAGUCUAGUGGUGGUUCUUUGUUUCUGUGUGUUCAUCCACAAUGGUUAUAUCAGAUGAGAACAGAUCUAAACCAGUGAACCCCACUAGUUUUCAAGGAGGGAUGAAUCAUGGGGGAAACAGAAAGGUGGGGCAGAACAGAAGGGCGUUGAGCGUGAUCAAUCAGGAUCUGGUGGCCGAAGGAAGACCUUACCCUUGUGUUGUUAACAAGAGAACAUUGGCAGAAAAACAAGAUAUGUGUGAGAAGAAGCAGGCGGAUCCGGGGCAUCGACCCAUCACAAGGAGGUUUGCUGCACAGAUUGCUAGCACACAGCAAAAUCGUGUUGAGGGAACCAAGAAGUCAAACUUGGGAAAUUCAAAUUCAAAUGGAUUUGGAGAGGUUAUAUUUGUUGAUGAUGAACUCAAGCCAACGGAUGACCAACCAGUGCCAAUGUCUUUAGAACAGACAGAGCCAGUGCAUAAUGAAGUAGAUCAGAUGGAGGAAGUUGAGAUGGAGGAUAUAAUUGAUGAGACAGUUUUGGACAUUGAUAUAUGUGACGCAAAUAAUCCCCUUGCAGUGGUGGAUUAUAUUGAAGAUCUUUACACCUACUACAGAAAAAUGGAGGGUUCUAGUUGUGUCUCACCCAAUUACAUGACACAGCAAUUUGACAUUAAUGAAAGGAUGAGGGCUAUACUCAUUGACUGGCUUAUUGAGGUGCACGACAAAUUUGACCUCAUGCACGAGACAUUGUUUCUAACUGUUAAUCUUAUAGACAGAUUUCUGGCAAAGCAGACAGUGGUAAGAAAGAAACUUCAGUUGGUUGGACUAGUUGCAAUGCUUCUGGCAUGCAAGUAUGAAGAAGUUUCAGUUCCUGUGGUGGGGGAUCUAAUUCUCAUAUCAGACAAAGCAUACACAAGAAAGGAGGUUCUGGAUAUGGAGAAGUUGAUGGUCAACACAUUGCAGUUUAACAUGUCUGUGCCAACAGCAUAUGUUUUUAUGAAAAGAUUCCUAAAGGCUGCUCAAGCAGACAGAAAGCUUGAGCUACUUGCUUUCUUCCUGGUAGAGCUAUCUCUAGUGGAAUAUGAGAUGCUGAAGUUCCCUCCAUCAUUGUUAGCAGCAGCUGCUGUUUACACAGCACAAUGCUCCAUUUAUGGCUUCAAACAAUGGAGUAAAACAUGUGAAUGGCACUCCAAUUACUCAGAAGAUCAGCUAUUAGAGUGCUCUACAUCAAUGGUUGAUUUUCAUCAGAAGGCUGGGAAUGGGAAACUUACUGGGGUACAUAGAAAGUACUGUUCAUCUAAAUUUAACUACACUGCAAAAUGUGAACCCGCACGUUUUCUUGUGGAGAACUCGUUGUAGCAGGCCAUGUAUAGCCACUAACAAAACACCAUCAUCAUGAUAUGAUACACUUGACUAUGAUAAUUGGGGGGCCAUUUGGUUGAUGCAUGCAUGCACAUGAAUGUGAGCAACUUAGGUUGCACUUAUUAUAUGUUGUGUCUCAAGUGUCGGGUUUGUCUUAAGUAUUUUGUUGUUCUAUCUAAACUACUCAUGUUAUUUUUACUUUCUGUUAUGUUCUAAAUGAACAGAACAUACUUGAGUCGUGUAUUUCUCUUGUUCCCAUUGAACAAAAUAAUGAAAACCAUGACAUACAAACAACUUCAUUCAUUCAACAAGUA